CAACGCUGUAGUUUAGUUUAGUAAAUAUGAAGAGCUACUGCAAGGAAAUAUCUAAAUAUUGUUAAUAAAAUACUGAUAUUAAUAGAAAUCUGGAAAUACACAAUGUCAGAUUAUGAUCAUAUGCGCAUAAAAAAGUUGGUCUUGAAAGGAGAAAAACACAAAAAAAGUAAAAAACGUAAAAAGGAAAAGGAACACAAAGAUGAAGAUGCACCCAAACGAAGUAAAACGGUUGCGGAUGAAGAUGCAAUUCAACAUGCAGGUUGGUGGGCAACAACAACUGCAGCAAGCAUCGUUGGAUCAGUCGCCAUUGAAUUUGGCGAACGUUGCUAUCUGAGAGCCUUGGACAAUGGUUUGUUUACUUUGGGGGCUCCACACAAUGCAGGUGAAGGACCGGACCCUGAAGAAAUAUUUACGGCCUUUCCAAUUAACGAACGAAAGGUUUCCUUCAAAUCGGGUUAUGGAAAGUAUCUGAAAAUUGAAAAAGAUGGAAUGGUAACUGGUCGCUCAGAAGCUGUUGGUAGCAUGGAACAGUGGGAGCCAGUGUUCGAGAACAACCAAAUGGCUUUGUUGUCAGAAACGGGUCACUUCAUGGCCAUUGAUCCAGAGGACGAUGCAUGUGUGGCCUUACAUAAAAAAGUGGGCCCACAAGAGAUUUGUCGUGUGCGUACCAAUGCAGCGAGAGAUGUUGUUGUUGACGAUCAGCCAAAGGAAGAAAAAGGCGAUUUAGGCGAAGUUGAGAAAAACUAUGUCAAGAAGUUUCAAAAGUUCCAAGACAAGAAGAUGCGCAUUAGCAAGAACGAUAUUAAAGAGCUUGAAGAAGCAAAAGCCCAAGGACUACUACAUGAAACUCUUCUCGACAGACGUAGCAAAAUGAAAGCCGAUCGAUAUUGCAAAUAAAACUUGUCAAAUGCAUGUUCCAUAAAUAUAAGAAUGUAUAAUAAAGUUUUACAUUUGGAUGUAACAAUCUAAAGGCAGUAUCAGACACGAUGUAUAUAUGUAUAAUUGCU